GAUUCAAAACGAAAAAGACAAGAACAAGAAACUAUAGAAUUGGUUGAAAAAAAUAAAAAAUAUACAUUAAUUCAAGAUGAUUAUCUUGAUGAACAACGUUUCAAGAAAUCCAAAAAGUCUAAGAAAGAAAGACAUUUGCGUAAAAAAGAUACUUUGAACGAAUGGGAAAGUGAUUCAGAAGAUAAAUCUAUUAAAAUACCUAAUGAAAUUGAAAUUAAAUAUGAAUCAGAAGACGAGUUCAUAAAAGAGGAAAAUGAGAGAAUUCAAGAUAGAAAAGAAAGAGAUGAAUAUGCAAGGCGCCUAAGAGAGAAAGACAAGGAAAAAACGAGAAAGCUUGUAGAAGAUCGAUCAUCGAAAGCAGAUAGUGAAACUGCUAAACGGAGAAAUCUUGCCGAUGACUCAGAAGCACGUAAACAAGUUCUUCCAGAGAUUCGAGAAAGAUCGCGACAAACAUACUUAAAAGAUCGAACAGAUAAACAAUUACAAAUGUUAGAAUUAGGUGUUCUGGAUGAAGAUAUAUUAUUUAAGGAUGAAAAACUUUCUAAAAGGGAAAGAAGGGAACUUGAAAUGAAAAAAGAGACAUUAAGAUUAACGAAAGAGAGACUUAGCCUUUCUGGAAAAACUGAUGAAUACGCAAUGCCAGAAGAUUAUAUAACGGAGAAAGGAAAAAUAGAUAAAAAAAGGAAAGAAUCUGUUUUAUAUCAACGUUACGAGGAAGACCGUGACCCAAAUAAAUUUGUCACCGAUCAAGAUCAAUGGGAACAAACUCAAAUAGUGAAAUCUCAAUUAAAAGUUGGUGCUAAAGAUAGAACGAAAGAAGAGGAGGAUUAUAGUUAUGUUUUUGACGAUCAAGCCAUUGAUUUUCUUGACUGGGAUUGGAAAGCAAAUAAUAAAGAUGACGAAAUUUUAGCCAAAAUUGAUGAAGCUGAACGAAAGGAAUUACUCAACGCUAUAAAUGAUUAUCAAACUAUAGUGAUUGUUGGUGAAACGGGAUCUGGAAAGACUACACAACUACCUCAAUAUCUUAAUGAGGCAGGUUACACCAAAGGAGGAAAAAAAAUUUGUUGUACGCAGCCUAGGAGAGUUGCAGCAAUGAGUGUUGCCGCGCGUGUGGCCGAAGAAAUGGGUGUAAAGCUUGGAUAUGAGGUUGGAUACGCUAUAAGAUUUGAGGAUU